GGCCAGGGGGCGGGGCCCCGACGCGCACCCGGAAGCGGAGGGCGCGGCACGUGGGACAUGUCCGGGAUCGUGCGGCGGCCCGCGCUGUUCGGGCGGCUGAAGGCGGCGGUCAUUGGGAUGGUGCACGUGGGACCGCUGCCAGGGACACCAAGAAGUUCUCUUCCAUUGACCCAGAUCGUUGAUCAAGCUUGUCAAGAAGCAGAAGCUUACAGGGAUGCUGGAAUUGAUGGCUUGAUGGUGGAAAACAUGCACGACCUCCCGUACACGGUGUGUCCCGGGCCAGAGGUCAUGGCAGCGAUGACAGUGGUUGGUGCUGCAGUGAGACAGAGCUGCCCCCGGCUCCCACUGGGUGUCCAGGUCCUGAGUGCUGCAAACCAGCAGGCAAUAGCAGUGGCUCUGGCUGCAGGUCUUGAUUUUAUCCGGGCUGAAGGGUUUGUGUUUUCUCAUGUGGCUGAUGAAGGGAUUAUAAAUGCCUGUGCAGGUGACCUGCUACGAUACAGAAAACAAGUUGGAGCAGAGAACAUUCAGAUUUUUGCCGAUAUUAAAAAGAAACAUAGUGCCCACGCCCUGACAGCUGAUGUCGGCGUGGCCCAGACAGCCGAGGCUGCCCAGCUCUUCCUGGCCGAUGGGGUGGUGCUGACCGGCACAGCCACGGCUCUGCCUGCGGAUCCCCGGGAGCUGCAAGAGGUUAAGCAUGCUGUGAAGAUUCCUGUGCUCAUUGGGUCUGGAGUGACUCUGGAGAAUGUGGGGAAUUACUUGGAUGCAGAUGCUCUGAUAAUUGUUGUGCCUCGUUUGAUCUUGUGAAGGCUCGCCAUUUUCCUGGCAAUCCAGAGUAUAAUAUGAGGAACUCAGAAGUUACAAAACUGUUGUGUUGUUAGGAAGGAAAAGGUUCAAAUUAUCACUAUAAUAUGAAGCAGACCUUCCAGAAGAGCUGCUGUUCUGGCUGUGACUCUGUAAGAGCACACAUACCAGGGCAUUACAGCACCAAGGGAGAGAUGGAGCUUGUCUGGAGCCCUGGACAUCAGAAAGAUGUAAGCAAAACAGCUUUUCAUCACUGCAGCAGAGGGUUUCCCACAUUUCAGGGCAAAAUGACAGAAACCUCAUACCCUUCUAAACUCAGAUGUGAUCAGUAACCUGCUUUGUUACAUCUUCCAUUCCUUUCUUCUCCGUGGACCACUCCCACAACAUGUUCUGAAGAACAUAUGACAUUUCUUCCUUUCCCCUUUUCUCCUUGGUUUGAUCUAACACUGUAAAUUAAAUCAUCCUCACCCAUAUCCAAGCAAUGCAUUGAUACCAAAGGGAAACCUCAAGGGUACUUUUAGGUGCUUUGCAAACUUAGGGAAAUGGAUCAAUAUUACUUAAUGCAUGCCCCAAGUUUGGAAUAGCUUUUGUCCUGCCAUUGUGAUUAAAAAAAACAACAACCAAAGAUUUUAAGAAAAAUAAAGUGUAACUAAGUGAAGCAAUGAAACUAAGUCUGUCACAUACAGUUGCCUAAUCCUCCUGGUUUCUCUGUGAAUCUCUAGCACGGAAGAAAAUUUAGAGAAACAGAUUCUUUCUGUCCAACAAGAUUAAGUGCUUCAUCUUAAAAAAGAAUCUGUCAUGGUUUCCUGUGAAGGUAGUAGGUAUUUCAGAUAAUUGGAUCAGGUGUUUCUGGCCAGUUCCUUUAGACUGAGCCUGCUUCUGAUAGGCGUUUUCUUGAGAUGUUGUAAUGAGCAAGCUGAAAGCCAGAAUGAAUCAUUGUUUUGGUGGCAACAGCCCAUCUCCAGCUGAAAUCCUUCUUGGUGCCCCUUGGCCUAUCUCUUAGUAUGUCAAAAGCUGUGGAAAAAUAUGCAGUGAACGCAGCACACUGAGGACAGGCUGAAUGGGCCUGCAGUUAUUUUGGGUUCUGCUAUAUGUUAGGGAAGGACUUGACAGAAACCUGCCAAGUGGUUCAUCAGACCAGAAUGCCAGUGCAGCAUUGCUGUGGUAGAUUUCUGAUGCCUGCCUUUGACAGAUGACUCGAGGAUUUGGGGGAAUGAAAAGGAAUGUGUUUUUUUCUCUUGGUUUUUAAAAGUAUGGAGUUCCUAGUAACCUGAAGAGGAAAAAUAUGUAAAACAUCCCGAUACAGGAAAUUAAAUAGUGAAUCAGUGCUGAUAAAAGGGAUGUAGGAAGAGCAUGACAUCUAGUACUUAUAAGAGCCCAGCACACUGCAGUGAAUACAGAAUCACAGAAUGGGCCAGAUUGGAAGGGACCUCAGUGGGUCAUCUGGUCCAACUUCCCUGCCCAGGCAGUGUCAUCCCAGAGCACAUACAUGGCACAGGAUUGUGUCCAGACAGUUCUUGACUAUCCCCAGUGAGGUAGACUCCACACCCUCUCUGGACAAUCACUUCCAGUGCUCAGUCACUGCACGGGAAAGAAGGUCUUUCUCACGUUCAGGUGGAACUUCCUGGGCAUCAUUUCCUACCAUUGCCUCUUGUCCCAUUGCUGGGCACCCCCGAGCAGAGCCCAGUCCAUCCUCUUGGCACCCCCCCUUUACAUAUUUCUACACAUUGAUGAGGUCCUCUCUCAGCUGUGUCUUCUCAAGGCUGAACAGGCCCAACUCCCUCAGCCUUUCCUCAUAAGAGAGAUGCUGCAGUCCCUUAAUAUACAGAGAAUACAGUGAGGGAUUGACAGGAUCUGAUUUGGAGCAGGACCACCUUGAACUGCUGUCACUCCACCAGCUCCUGGAAUUAAAAAGCAUGUGAACAUCUAUCUCAGGUACUAAUUACUUGUGAAAGGUGCGUGUUGAGGUGCAUAAAUACACUAUGGAAGAAGUGACAGAUCCAGGCAGAACACGCAGAUAUCCGGAGAUACACGGAGCAGAGCUGUCCCUGCUGGCAUUCAGGUGAGGAGGUGUGGGCUUUCCUGAGGCUGCAGGUGAGGAGAUGCUCCCGAGGAGUGGGAAGCCGCCAGGUGGAGCCGCCGGGCAGCACAUUCCCGUUGACUUCAACAGUUUGUGUAAGUGUAGCAUGAUUUAUGUAUAUCCUUAAAGGAUACACUUUCCAUUGUUAUCUUACAUUUUCAUUUUAGUAACUUUUAUCAUAUUAAAAAAAUAGACCUAAUAAAUACCUGCUGAUGUAGCUCUAAAACCUGUGUUUAUUUUUAACUGGAGUAGUCAAGUAAUGAUUCAGUUUUGGAAUAGAGUGAUAAAAAUUCCCUCCUUUGCUGGUUGGCAAACUUCAUUGCUUUUAAUAUUGUCCCUUGGAAGGCUGCUUACAGCUGGAAUUUGGGGUGUUACUUUUUAAAAUAUACGUGGCAUUUAGGUUCUUUGUUCAUUUUAGGAAUUACAUUUGCCUUUUACAUCCAAAUCGUAAAAAUCAAGAGCACCAGUAGACCUGUAACAUUUUGAGUUGUUACACAGAGAGUUAUUUUAUGUGGUCGUAUAAAGCAUGGGGAGGUUAAGAAGUCCCCAGUGCAGCCACAGGAAAGGGACAAAAAUUUUUUGUGAGUUGUAUUUCUCCUUCAUUUCCUCAUCCUGCUUUUUUGUCUUUUCAACAUGAAACAGAGGGGAGAUGGUUUACCUUAAAUCAGAAACGAUUUCAUAAUGAAGGCUUAGUUUACAAAACCAAAAACCUCUGUUAAUAAUCCAUUCUUGGGGAAAUGGCAGCAUUUUUAACAUUAGGCAGUAAUUUUUCCAAGAUUGUACUGGUAUUACGAACCAGUGUGAUAUUUCAGGAGCCAUAUGUGGCACAGCUGUUGUAAUGCUUGUUUGAUUACUCGUGGUGCUCUAUCAGGCUGGCACGCUGCACUUUACUGAGCUGGUGACUGAAACAAACCCGGGUGAAAAGCACGCAAAAAUAUUGUGAGAUUAAAUUCUCAGAGCAGGGUCAGGGAUGUCCUAACAGCUCCUCUCUUCCUCAUCCUGUAUCCCAGCUCAGCUGGCAUUGGGAUGUGCUGUUCCACAACCAGGUUCAUAAAAUCAUAGAAUGGUUUGGGUUGGAAGGGGACCUUGAAGAUCAUCUCAUUCCAAUCCCCUGCCAUGGACAGGGACACCUUCCGCUAGACCAGGUUGCUCCAAGCUCCAUCCAGCCUGGCCUUGAACACUUCCAGGGAUGGGGCAUCCACAGCUUCUCUGGGCAACUUGUGCCAGGGCUUCACCACCUUCACAGGGAAGAAUUUCUUCCUAAUAUCUAAUCUAAACCUACUCUCUGUCAGUGUGAAGCCAUUCCCCCUUGUCCUGUCACUAUGGCUCUUGUUAAUAGUCUCUCUCCAUCUUUCAGGUAGGCUCCCUCCAGGCACUGGAAGGCCGCAAUUAGGUCACCCCUAAGCCGUCUCAACAAUCUCAAUCCUCCUGAAAUAGAAAAUGAAAUAAAAUUUAGCUAUUUAGCUAUGUAAGUGUGACUUUGCAAAAUGUAAAACUGCUUAAAAGUUUCUGCCCAAACUGUGGGCAAUUAAGAUAAAAUAGCUUAAAGAAUAGGGAAGGCUUUUUAGCACGUAGAAAGGGGUGGGGAAUCUGAAACUGUUUGAAAUGAUAAAACUUUAUGUAACUACUCUAUAAGGGUAAGAAUAGGAAGUGUCUAUUUAGAUAAGGCAGACUGCAAAAAGAGUGUGUGUAUAGAUAAUUUUAAACUUGCUACUUUCAAACUGUAUAAAAAGCUAUGGUAUUUCUUUGCUCAGUGGAGUGCACUGGGGAAAAACACCUCCCCCUUUGCAUUCCCCGGCCGUAAUAAAAGUGCUUUUCAGAUUGUUCAAA